AUGUAUAAUUUUGUAUCAACUGUUCAAAAACCAACAUCAGUUACACAUUCUGUAACUGGUAAUUUCACAGGUCCCAAUGAUAAAAAUCUUAUAAUUAGUAAAUGUACAAAGAUUGAAAUAUUUUUAAUGGAUCAAGAUGGAUUAAAACCAAUGUUUGAUGUUAAUAUUUAUGGUAGAAUAUCAGUAUUAAAAUUAUUUUCAGUUGCUGGUAGUAAACAGGAUUAUUUAUUUAUAUCAACAGAGAGUUUUAAAUUUUGUAUAUUAGCAUAUGACUAUGAAAAGAAAGAGAUUAUAACUAAAGCAUCUGGUAAUGCUGAAGAUACAAUUGGUAGACCAACCGAAGCUGGUCAACUUGGCAUUAUAGAUCCUGAUGGUAGAAUAGUUGCAUUACAUCUUUAUGAAGGUUUAUUAAAAUUAAUUACCUUGGAUAAUAAUAAUACACCAAAUAAAAUAAAUAAUAAUAAUAAUAAUAAUAACAAUAAUAAUAAUAACAAUAAUAAUAAUAAUAAUAAUAAUAUUAAUAAUAAUAAUUUUAAUAUUAAUAAUAAUAAUAAUAAUUCACCAAUUCAAAAGAAUGUAAAUAAUGUUAGAUUAGAGGAAUUACAAGUUUUAGAUAUGACAUUUUUAUAUGGUUGUAAAGUACCAACGAUAGCGGUACUUUUUAAGGAUACAAAAGAUGAAAAACAUAUAUCAACCUAUGAGAUAUCAUCAAAGGAUACAGAAUUAGUAGUUGGACCAUGGUCACAAUCAAAUGUUGGAGUUUAUAGUUCAUUGUUAGUACCUGUACCAUUGGGUGGUGUAUUGGUGGUAGCAGAUAAUGGUAUCACCUAUUUAAAUGGUAAGGUCACUAGAUCCGUAGCAGUAUCAUAUACAAAGUUUUUAGCAUUCACUAGAGUGGAUAAAGAUGGUUCUCGAUUCCUCUUUGGUGAUCAUUUUGGUAGAUUAUCAGUAUUGGUAUUAAUUCAUCAACAACAAAAAGUAAUGGAAUUGAAAUUUGAACAAUUGGGUCGUAUCUCAAUACCAUCAUCAAUUAGUUAUUUAGAUUCUGGUGUAGUUUAUAUUGGUUCAAGUUCAGGUGAUUCUCAAUUGAUAAGAUUAAAUACUGAAAAAGAUCAAACUACAGAUUCAUACGUCACCUAUUUAGAAGCAUUUACAAACAUUGGUCCAGUCGUUGAUUUCUGUGUUGUUGAUGCUGAAAAACAAGGUCAAGCUCAAAUUGUAACUUGUUCUGGUACCUAUAGGGAUGGUUCAUUACGUAUCAUUAGAAAUGGUAUUGGUAUUGCUGAACAAGCAUCAAUAGAAUUGGAAGGUAUAAAAGGUAUUUUCCCAAUUAAUAAUAAUAAUAAUAAUAAUAAUAAUAAUAAUAAUAAUAAUAAUAAUAAUAAUAAUAAUAAUAGUAAUGGUAUAACUGAUUCAAAAGAUAGAUAUUUAAUUACAUCAUUUAUUGAAUGUACAAAGGUAUUAUCAUUUCAAGGUGAAGAGAUUGAAGAAACAGAAUUUGAAGGUUUAGAAUCAAAUUGUUCAACACUUUAUUGUGGUACCAUUGAUAAAUUGAAUUUAUUGAUUCAAAUUACCAAUGUCUCAAUCAAUUUAAUCGAUUCAAAUACAUUCAAAAGAGUAUCACAAUGGAAUGUUGAACCAUCUCGUAGAAUUAAUUUAGUAUCAACCAAUCAAGAUCAAAUCGUUUUAUCAAUUGAUAAAUCAUUAUUAUAUUUCCAAAUUAAUUCAUCCAACAAAUCAAUUCAAUUGGUAAAGGAGAUUGAACUACCUCAUGAAAUCUCUUGUAUUGAUAUUUCACCUUUUGAUUCAUUUAUGGAUACUAAAUCUCAAUUGGUCUCUGUUGGACUUUGGAAUGAUAUCACUUUACGUAUCUUCAAAUUACCAACACUUGAAGAGAUUUGGAAAGAACCAUUGGGUGGUGAAAUUUUACCAAGAUCAAUAUUAAUGAUUUCUUUUGAUUCAAUAGAUUAUAUUUUCUGUUCAUUAGGUGAUGGUCAUUUAUUUAAAUUUCAAUUUGAUUUUUCAAGUUUUAAAUUAUUUGAUAAAAGAAAAUUAACUUUAGGUACUCAACCAAUAAUUUUAAAAAAAUUUAAAUUAAAAAAUACAAUUAAUAUAUUUGCAAUUUCAGAUAGACCAACAGUAAUUUAUAGUCAUAAUAAGAAAUUAUUUUAUUCAGUUGUAAAUUUAAAGGAUGUUACAAAUGUUACAUCAUUUAAUUCAGAUGGAUUCCCAAAUUCAAUGGCAAUUGCUACAACCAAUUCAUUGACAAUUGGUACAAUUGAUGAAAUUCAAAAACUUCAUAUUAAAACCAUACCAUUGAAUGAAGAGAUGGGUAGAAGAAUUGUACAUUUAGAAGAUCAUUCAUGUUAUGCAGUGAUAACGGUAAAGAAUAAUGAAGGUUUAUUAGGUGGUGCACAAGAUUUAUGUGAAGAGGAUGAAGAGGUUUCAUACAUUCGUAUUUAUAAUGAUCAAACAUUUGAACUCAUCUCCUCUUAUAAAUUGGAUCCAUAUGAAAUGGGUUGGUCAAUUACACCAUGUAAAUUUGCUGGUGAUGAUGUAAAUACUUAUUUAGCAGUUGGUACUUCAAUUAAUACACCAAUUAAAUCAAGUGGUAGAGUUUUAUUAUUUAGUUUAUCAUCAUCAUCAUCAUCGAAUGAUAAAGAUAGUUUAGACAAUAAUAACAACAAUAAUAAUAAUAGUGGUGCUAAUGGUAAAUUAACUUUAUUAGAAGAAAUUAAAUUUAGAUCAAGUGUUUAUUUCUUAUUAUCAUUUAAUGGUAGAUUAAUUGCAGCAGUACAUAAAAGAUUAUUUUCAAUUAGAUAUACUCAUUCAAAGGAAAAGAAUUGUAAAGUUAUUUCAAGUGAGAGUGUACAUAAAGGUCAUACUAUGAUUUUGAAAUUAGCAAGUAGAGGUCAUUUCAUACUCGUUGGCGAUAUGAUGAAGUCAAUGUCAUUAUUGGUUGAACAAUCUGAUGGUUCGUUGGAACAAAUCGCUAGAAAUCCACAACCAAUUUGGAUUAGAUCAGUUGCAAUGAUAAAUGAUGACUAUUUCAUUGGUGCUGAAGCAAGUAAUAAUUUCAUCGUUGUCAAAAAGAAUAAUGAUUCAACUAAUGAGCUAGAGAGAGAGCUAUUGGAUAGUGUUGGUCAUUAUCAUAUUGGUGAAUCAAUCAAUUCAAUGAGACAUGGUUCAUUAGUACGUUUACCAGAUUCAGAUCAACCAAUUAUUCCUACAAUCCUUUAUGCUUCUGUCAAUGGUUCAAUUGGUGUAGUUGCCUCUAUCUCUGAAGAGGAUUUCAUCUUUUUCUCAAAAUUACAAAAGGGUUUAAAUCAAGUAGUUCGUGGUGUUGGUGGUUUCAGUCAUGAAACUUGGAGAGCUUUCUCAAAUGAUCAUCAUACUAUUGACUCUAAAAAUUUCAUUGAUGGUGACUUAAUUGAAACUUUCUUGGAUCUCAAAUAUGAAAGUCAAUUAAAAGCUGUUGCUGAUUUAGGAAUAACUCCUGAUGAUGCAUUUAGAAGAAUUGAAUCUUUAAUGCAAUAUAUUCGUUAA